AUGAGUCAUAUCAAAAAUCUAACCAGUGGCUAUGAUCCUCAUUUAUUAUCGGAUGUUGAUCCCAUGGCUGACCUUCAAUAUGAGGCUCAUGGACAAGGCACAGUAACGUUUGAUGCAAGAGUCCAUUCAAUAUUGGUUCCUGGACAACCAGACGAAAUCAAACUUCAACUCAGAGUUUCACGGACUUUCCUUACAGCCAAUAUCCAGGUUACGAGUGUUAAAAGCUCAGAAUGGAAAGAUGCAAAAGAGAUUACCAGGGAGUCUUUAAUCUGUGUUACAGGUCGCUUCGAACCUACCAAGCGCCAUGGUCAUUACAUGGAUUCCCAAGAUGACACCUUAACCCUAUCGCGUGAACUGUACGUCACUGGUAUCAACGUUAUUGCACUGGCGUCUCCGGACAUUCUUUUGCCGCAACAGGAUCGAUUCCCUAGUCUCGAAGAGCAACUCAACAAUCGCAUCAUUGAUGUGAGACACGCAGCCUCCGGAGUAAUCUUUAAACUGCACUCCGGCAUGUGUCAGUUGAUAGUCGAGUUCCUGUGCUCGAAUGGGUUUUACUGGAUUCACACACCUCGCAUCAUUACUGCUACAAUUCCCGGUGACAACGAAUACUUUCAUUUGCCAUAUUUUGGAAGGGAUGCAUGGCUAUCGCAAAGCUCUCAGCAUCACAAGCAAAUGGCACUCUCGAUGGAUAUGCAGCGCGUUUUCGAGAUCGGGCCUGUUUUUCGGGCUGAAGUCAAAUCUUGCGAAUCCUCGAGACAUUUGACCGAGUUCACAGUACUCGAUGUCGGCAUGGUUUUUCAGAAUGAUUACCAUGAGGUAAUGGAAUUGAUCGAAUCCAUGCUGGUGUUCGUUUUCAGGGGCUUGCAGCAGCGGAAGCAGUACCGGCAUCUCAUUGAGGCUUUCAUGAGUCUAUACCCAUCAGCAAGAGAUUUCAAAAUCGGUCUCGACGAAUCGGGAAAAGUGCCCCGCAUCACUUUCUUAGAGGCCAAACGCAUCUUGAGGGAAGAGCUUGGUUUUGAAACGGAAGAUGACAAAAACUUCACUGAUGAGGAAGAAGCUGCUCUUGGUCGUCAUUUCCGUACUUCGCCUAGUUGGGGUGGCACGGACGUAUUCACAAUCGACCAGUUUCCAGCGUCUAUGCGUCAAUUUAAUUCUCAAGCGAACCCCGAUGUUCGAGGUCUUUCUAAUACUUGGGAUACUAUUGUCAGAGGACGAGAAAUAUGCUCUGGCAGCCAGCGUAUUAAUUCCUUUAAUGAGCUGUGCGAGGCAAUGUCUGCUGGUGUUUGUGGCCCGCCAUUAGAUCCAAAAGCCGAAAAGUGGCAAUCUUACCUGACCGCUUUCAGGACUGGUAUGCCACGUCAUGGCGGCUGCGGACUGGGGGUCAAUAGGUUGCUUCAGGGGUUCUUGGGUCUCGACGACGUUCGCGAAGCUACGCUAUUUCCAAGGGACAUUGGAAGAUUAAUACCGUAG